AUGCCCCACUCUUGUCGACACAAUAAACUCCUAGCACCACCAAAACCGGAUUCGCAUCAACUCACAAAAAAACCAUCAAAGCAACCGGUACCAGAAAAGCAAUCAUGUAAAGUUCCAGAAUUAUCACCGAUCUUGGAGUUGCCAACAGGAGAAAAAACUACAGAGGCUCAACUUGUGGAUAAUCAGGAAAAUGUAUUGUCUGCACCGCCACUGUUUCUUGAUCAGCAAGCCACCACUCUGGAGGAUUCGCAUCGAUCAGAAGUGGAACCUCCAAUGAAUGAUGGAGAGAAGCAACCAUCAAUCGCUGCUUUUUCUCAACAAAUUCAGAAGCAAGAUGGUCAUCUACAAUUUCCGGUGAUUGAUGGAGGGGAAUCUUCAUCAAUGGACGCUUCAAUGCAAGGUGCUGCUCAUCGAUCUGCAAUGGAGGAAGGCCGGUGGGAGUCUCCUGUGGCUACCGGUGGAAAGGAAACUCUUAUAAUUUCGCAGAUUCCUUCAAAGGUGCAACUAAAUUCCAUAUCUCUUAUAGUUGAACGAGUUACGGAAUCAAUGCUCCCAAAUCAAUCCAAUCAGGAUUUUCAAAUUUCAAACGAGAUCAAUCUUCAUGAUACCGCAACAAAUCCCUCGACUAAUGAUCAAUUUUCGGCGAAAUCAGCAGAAAUUCCAAGCAAUCCCGCAUUUCAAGAUCUCGUAACCAAUGCUCCCGCGAUCCCGCAAGCAUUUCCCUGUCAAUUCCAUGUAAUUCCAAUUAACUCCGAAGAUUUAUCUCCGGAAUAUAGUUCUGCCAAAAGUUCAAACGGAAAAAUUAAAUCCUGA